CUUAAGGCUAGGGUUUCCGUUUUGGUCGUAAGCCCUAACAUAUCAAUUACCUACUCCGUACACUGGAGCCUUUUGCUCUAUCCACCACGGUUGUUUCGAGUUUCUGACAAUAGGGCCUUUUCUUCAUUUGCUAUCUUUAUGCCCAGUGUAUGUCGUAGCUCUCGGUAGCUGGGGCAAUCGCCCGAACCGACACCAAAAAUUGCGGGCGCGGUAGCCUGUUAAUUAGUCUCCCUGGGCCGCCGCCAUAUCGCGUCUGCCGAACGCGCGUGCGGAUUAAAUUGCCUUGAAGUUUCUUGGUCUGGGGAUUUAGCGCAGGAACAUAUUGACAGUAGGCAGAAUUGGCUGGACGCUGUGACUAUGUAAUUACAGGGGGGAGGGUUAUUCUCGCGUUUCAUGAAAAAGUGCUUGCAUUCCUAUUUUUUUUGGCUCUAUAUUUUUAUUCCUAUGUUUAAUCUCGUUUAUAGAAUAGAUAAAUGCGAAAAUAACAAAUAGGAAUCGAGUGCAGUAUUUAGAUAUAUCCAGACUCAUGUCCAGCACUCCAGACACUGUCGCCAAAAAGCGUGGCCGGCCGAAGAAAGCCGUCGCCGCCGCAACCAAAACAUCCACCGCAACCUCUGAGUCGACAACUACAACCACAAGCACAGGCACAAGCACAACCAAGAAGUCAACCCCAUCCACCACGCGAACUACCCGCAAAUCCUCGCCCAAAGCCAAUUCACCGCCAGCAUCCGACCCCAAACCCGCAUCCAGUGCACCAAUCGAUCGGAAACCAGCAGCGAAGAAGAAAAGCGCUCCCACUCGACAAAAGAAAUCAUCCGUCACGGCUCCUGACCCCGCGCAAGGACUACCGAAGCCUCCCUCCGCGCCAUCGCAAAUACCAGGUAAUAAUAGCAGGGCAAAGAGCGACCAGGUGGGCGUGAAAUCCAGGCUUAGAACCUCCGCAUCCAAUCCAGCUGCCGAACAGCCACCUGCGCCGCGAACGCCGUCCGCAGAAUCCAAGUCGAUUUCCCACUCCGAAACUACGGAGUUAGCUGGGAAGCAGGAGGCUACUGGAAGGAGGCAGCCAGAGGCUAGAAACUCCGUUCAGGCCGCGGGAGAGAUAUCUGAACCUCCUGCUCAAUCGGCUAGAGGCAGGGAGAGAACAAUUGAGCCAAAAAGAGUGGCGGAGCAGACACCACCUCCUCCCGCACACCCCGUUGACGCCACUGUUGCUACGGUGCAAGGUUCCAAAAUCCUUACAGCUUUGGCGGCCAGCAGCAGUAAACCAACAAGAAAGGCAACUUUCAUAGAAGAUAAGAUUAAGAAGGCCUCAGCGCCAAGGCCCAUCGAAUCUUCAGGCCAAGCUAUAACUACAGACAUGGCUACCCUGGCAUCCAAGAAGGCCUCACCUUCCGGCCCUCGACAGCCGCCCCCUCAUCCACCCGCCAUCAGACCACAGUUAGCACAGGCUGCCUCCGCCCGCAGAGAGACACAGCGGGUAAAACCGCAGAGACCGGAACCAGCUCCAGGUGUUAAGCCGCAGGAUAUCAGAAAUACGAAGCAGUAUAAAAGCCUUGCACGAAGAUGGACAUCGGCAGUGGUCGCACUCCCAAUUUUGCUUUACACCAGUUACGCACUAUAUGAGCGAGUAUUCGCCGAUAAAGCUCCCCGCAGUCUGCCGGGAACAAACAAUUUCCCUCUUGUUGACAACAGCGCACAAUCGACAUCACAACCAUCUACAUCGACAAACAAAGACAAUUACAAUGGGUGAAAUUUUUCGGUAUCUAAAUAAACUACUCCAAGAGGAUGGUAAUCAAAUCUGACAUAACCAACCCCCUGCGACACCUUUCCCUUAUCACUUCUUUUUAAAACUCUUAUUUUGCCCGGCGUUACACUCCUCCGACAGCGCUCCCUGCUCCGCUCCACUCUUGUCAAAGCGACGAAUUCCGUGUAUUUAAUGACACUCGUCGUCUCUAAUGAGCUAGAAGCUUUGUUUUGUAUAUAACCGAUUUAUUGUCAGGUCACAUGAUAUGGCUUAUUAAUCCUUCCACCAUAUAACUUC